AAAUAAACGAGAUACAUUUAUCUAGUAUGAUCAACAUUUUUUAAGAGAUAGAAAUCAUAUAAUAAGGAAAAUAUACAAGAUUUGAUUCUGGUUUAUCUUUUUCUGAAUUUGUUUUUGGUCGGAAGAUCUAGUAAAUAUAUGAUAAUGGAUUCAUGUCAUAAACAGAGGGAGCUCCGUACGUGUUUUGGCCCUCCUUUUCCACAUCUCUCUUGAAUUCAUUUUUUUUCAUUUUCUUUCCCUGAGAGACAGUUUAUUUAUUUAUUAUAAAGGAUGGUGCUAUGUGUUUAGUCUAGUGGUCUGAAUCUUUAAGUGAGGCAGAGGAUGAAGAUGGUGAAUUUCUUCAUGAAAAUGUAUUAAAGAGCAUAGAGAAGCUGCGGGAAAGUACAGUGUUCUUUCACUGAGAAAGAAGAGAAACAAACACUCUCAUCUUCUUCAAUUUUAACACACAUUUUGGAAAUGUUGAUGUAAGAAGUUCUGUAUGUAACGGCUUGUUCUCUGAGAUCUUCCCAGUGGUUUUAUCAGAGGAAGAACUAUAAAGUUUCAUUAGACACCCAAUGGACAACCACCACAACACUUUUAGUUCUCUGGAUAAUGUCAUGAAUAAUCAAAAUCCUCUCCUCAUGGAUUUGAUACCUUCAAGAGAAGAUCCCACUUCAUUUUCACCAAUGCUUCCAUGGAAUUCCAUCAGACAAGAUCCUAUACAAACUGGUGGCUUUGAUAUCUUUAACUCUUUUCUCACUAGCAAGUACUUAUCAACUACUUCAAGAUCUACUAAUGUUCAAGAAACCCACUUUGAGGCCAUGGCUCCUCCUCCACCAUUUCAUCAUUUGGAUCAUUUUAGACCAUAUGAUGAUUCCUCAAACAACAUGUGGAGUCUUGGAAACAAUAAUGAGUUUCAUGCGUAUCCAUACAUGGAAGGUGUUGUUGGUCCUAGUGAACCAAGAAUAUCUACAUUCGCUGAAGAAGAUUUCCCAAGAAACGAGCUCUCGUUAAGUCUUGCCACAGAUGUUUCUGAUGAGUACUCGGAGACAAGUCUUUGUACUGCUACUAAAUCUACUAGAAUAGCCCCAGAACAAGCUUCUUCCAGCAGCAAAAACAUUUCUAAUAAUGUCUCUCAACUUAUAUUUGGCUCUAAGUACCUUCACUCUGUUCAAGAAAUACUAUCUCAUUUCGCCACAUACUCCCUCAACGGCUUAGAGAAUAAUCCUCAAUGCUACUUUUCAUCUCGAGGAACCGAGUCAGAGGGUACAAACUCAGCCUUUACUUCAUGUUAUGAGAAUCCAAACGAGUUUCCUGAUGGUGUUUCGCAAAGACAAGCAUUAGAAGCAAAAAAAACACAUCUCUUGGAUCUUCUUCAAAUGGUGGAUGAUCGAUAUAGUCAUUGUGUUGACGAGAUACAUACAGUUGUAUCAGCGUUCCAUGCAGCAACGGAGUUAGAUCCUCAGCUACACACCCGGUUUGCACUCCAAACCAUCUCCUACUUAUACAAGAAUCUGAGAGAGAGAAUCAGCAAGAAGAUACUCAUGAUGGGAUCGGUUUUAGAGAGAGGCAAAGAGAAGUCUCAAGAAGACUCAAUCUUCCACCAGCAUUGUCUUCUGCAGCAGCUAAAACGUAAGAACCAUCAGAUUUGGAGACCACAACGAGGUUUGCCUGAGAAAUCUGUCUCGGUUUUACGUACAUGGAUGUUCCAAAACUUUCUUCACCCUUACCCGAAAGAUUCAGAGAAACAUCUUCUUGCUAUACGAAGUGGAUUGACAAGAAGUCAGGUAUCAAACUGGUUUAUAAAUGCCCGUGUAAGGCUAUGGAAGCCAAUGAUAGAAGACAUGUACGCAGAAAUGAACAAGAGGAAGAUGAAUAACACUCACCUUCAAGGCGGUAAUGGAGGAAGUAUUAUUAGAGUGCCAAAGUCAGUAAUGAUGAGCCAAGAAAGGGACACAACAAGAGAAUGAUUGUGUUACAACUUUGUUUACGCAAUCUUUACAACUUUUUUCCUACGUAUUAUGAUUGUCUUUUACUUUUUGUUGUAAUUGUAUAUACUGCUUGUUUUAUCUCAUAUAUUUUGCUGUUUUGUAUUUGCAUCGUGUUUUAGUGUUACCAACUUAUCAUCGUCG